AUGACAAGUGUGCCCCUCUUAGGCCUCCGGACCCUUGCAACUGUGACCUCCGCCGCUGCGACGAGGAGCGCGACACGUAAGUUAAAUCUUCCCUCUGCAACAUCAACGACAGUUUCCCUUCCGGAAACCGGAAUGUGCUCAGUCGUUCCCGUUCCAGCCGACGGCGCCUCCUCUUCCUGUCUCCGCUUUAGAUGCUCGGGUUCUUGCUUCAAUCGCAGGCGCCGUCGGCUGGUCUUGUCAACCAAGCAACCGAAGAGAUCGGGUGCUGGCCUUGGUGGCCCCCGUCCACUGGCUUGUCAAGCCGCGCCGCGCCAUCACCAUGACACUGAGGAACACGCCAACAAUCGCGACAACCGCAUCGAUCUUAGGCGGAUUCAAGCUGGCGAGGAUGUGCGCACCACGAUCAUGCUACGCAAUAUUUCGACCAAGAUGCGCCAUGACGAGCUCAAGGGCUUACUGGAUGAAAAGGUACGCGGUCUCUACGACUUCAUGUACCUUCGAAUGGACUUCGAUAAUAGCUGCGACGGUGGCUACGCGUCCAUCAGCUUCGUGCGCUUUGAGGACAUCGUCACGUUCUUCAACGCCUCUCUGCCCUGA